CACAAAGGCGUCCACGGAUCGAUAGGAUCGAGGUACCACCGUACGUGUGCCUGCUCCUGCCUUGUGCCUAUAUAUACAUCUCCCUUUCUCUCUCCAUCUCUUCUCUUUGCCAUGGUGUAGUCAGUCAAGUGCUCCGUCGCCGCUUCUCCGUCUCAUCUCCACCUCAAUUGGAUCAGGUCUCAACUAUCUCUCUCUCUCUCUCUCUCUCCCUCUCCCUCUCGCUCUAUCUCUAUCUAUUUCUCUCUCAAUUGAGCUCCGGCACCUGUGGUGGUUCUCUCUCGUCAUGGGAUGGGAAUAUGGGAUAGAUAGCAGCUCGGAUCCAUUUCCAUUUCCAUUUCCGAUUGCUGCCUUGUGUUGCGUUGCGUUACGUGCUCAUAUCACAAGCUUAACUUUUCUUCUCGCAGUCAGUCGGUCGUGUCGUCACAAGGCCGGCCGGCCGGCGCACGCAUCCAUCCAUCGCCCAAAGGAGAUCGAGUGACAGGCAGCCAUGGCGGGCGUUUCAGUACGGGCGGCCACGGCGGAGAUGGACCGCGCCUUCUCUCAUCCCCUGCCGGGCUUUCGCUUCCACCCCACCGAUCAGGAGCUCGUGAGCUUCUACCUCCGGCGCAAGGUCCUGGGACACGACGGCGGCUUCAUCCCGGAGGUGGACCUCUACAAGCUCCAACCCCACCACCUACCAGGCAUUUCAUUCUCACCGAGCACAGGCGACCCUGGGGCCAAAGUUGAGUGGUACAUGUUCGCGCCGAGGGGGCGGAAGUACCCAACCGGGCUUCGCAUGGAACGGGCGACGCCCAGAGGGUUCUGGAAGUCCACCGGGAAGGACCGCCCUGUCAUGCACAACGGCAUCGUCGUCGGCAUGAAGAAGACGCUUGUGUUCCAUAAUGGCAAAGCGCCUAGCGGCACGCGGACCGACUGGGUCAUGCACGAGUACCGUCUCCACGGCCACCACAUACAGGACACAUACGCGUUGUGUCGGGUCUUCAACAAGAACAUGGCGUCCCCGUCGACGAAUGCGUCCGGUGAUGCAGACACAUAUGAGGAUCUAACGCAAUUCGUGCCCGGUGUCAUCGACAUAGGCAAGGAUCCGAUGGAUUAUGUGUGUGGCGAUGCCGACUUGGGCAAGGACCUGAAGCAUUUCGUGCUUGGUGGUGUCGAGACGGACAUGGAUCUCAUGCAGUCUAUGCUCGACGGAAUCGGGACAGGCAAGGAUCCGAUACAAGUCCAGACUGAGUCCGAGGAUAUGAUGCAGUUUGCGUUCGGUGGCAUGGGCACAUACCAGAACCCCAUACAGAUCGAGUCCGAGGUCGAUGGUGUUGACACUGAUGAGGGAGAGAAGCAGUUCCUCACCAAUGGUGACGACAAGGGCAAUGGAGAGAUGCAGAUUCUCGCUGAUGGGGCCAACAAGGACCAAGAAGCGAUGCAGCCUGUGACCGGCGGCACCAGCGUGGAUGGGGACAACUCUGGACACUCCUGGUACACCAAUUACCUCGCAGAAGAGAAUAACUCAUGGACGCAGUCCCCCUUCGACGACUUCUUGUACACUAGCUAG